CUCUGAAAGAUGUGGACGCGCGUGUGGCGUUCGUGCGUGGCGGUUUUGGCGGGCUUGACGUGCGUCCGCGCGGAGGAGGACGCGUGUCCGCCGGCGUGCGCGUGCGAGCGAGGCUCGGGCACGGUGAGCUGCGGGGUCGCCGCCGUCGAGGCGGGAGUGCCGGCGCGCGUCCCGCCGUGGACGUCCACGCUGAUCGUGCGCGGCAGGGAGGUGACGACUUUGCGGCGCGGUGCGUUCAGGGACAACGGCACGGAGUUGGACGUGGCGACUCUGUCCCUGUCCUCCAACAUGAUCCGGGUCAUCGAGGCGGACGCCUUCUCGGGGCUGCCGCGCGUGCACGUGCUGGACCUGAGCCGCAACCGCCUGGAGGUGAUCUCGGACGGUGCGUUCAAUGGACUCCUGGAACUUCGCACGCUGUGCCUCAACCAGUCCAUCGCGCCCGGGGCCGCCGCGCAGCUCUGGGCGGCGCUGGCGUCCCCGAGGGUCCGGAACCUGCACCGCCUGGAGCUGGCGGGCAACAGACUGCGGUCCAUCCCGCCGGCCCAGUCCGGCCUGCACCAGCUGGUCCUGGUCAACAACUCCAUCGAGACCGUCAGCGGGGACGACGUCACCCGGCUGGACCAGCAGAGGCGCACCCGGGUCUACCUGUCCCAGAACCCCUUCCGGUGCACCUGCGACCUGGAGGCCUUCUACCACUGGCUGAAGAACUCCAGCCAGUGUCCAGACGCCGCGCUGCUCCGCUGCAGCCAGCCCGACGCCAGGAAGGGACUGGCCCUGGAGAAGCUGCGCGGGGAGGACGUGGACUGCGUCAACGAGAACCUGGAGGCGGUCUCCUACGUGUUCCUGGCCAUGGUCCUGGCUCUGAUCGGGCUGGUGUUCCUCAUGGUGCUCUACCUCAACCGGGGCGGCAUCAAGCGCUGGAUCAACAACAUCCGGGAGGCCUGCAGGGACCACAUGGAGGUCUACCACUACCGCUACGAGCAGGACUCGGACCCGCGGCUGGCCAACGUGGCCGUCUGACCAAAAGACCAGACUUAAGACCUCCUGAACGUCAAGUAGGACACAUGCAUGUUGAGCUUUUAUUUUGUAGGACCAGGAUGUCGCUUUAGCUCCUAAAUACGACAAUAAAAGUUCUUUAUCAUACAA